AUGGAGCCUCCCGUAAAGCGCCAGCGAUUAAGCCAUACACCAACAAGUCGUCUUCAGCAUGAGGACGACGAGCUCGACUUUGAAUCCGAGAAUGUCGACCAUCAACGAGACUCCGGCCUCCAGCUCGCAGAGUCCAGGGCCUUCGCUGCUUACAAGCUCAAGUCGACAUUCGAGCACAUUUUUGAAAAGUACGAACGAGACUUCACAGGAAUUGGAGAUGAGAUCGACCUACGAACAGGAGAGAUCGUUGUCGACAAUGGCCACAUCCAACGAUUGGGCCUAGGCGGCGUGGAUAGUUUUCUUGAAGAAGACGAGGGCAUGCUUCUGGAAGAUGCGUUUGUGACUUCUGAUGAAGAAGAUCAUGGGCAAGCGCAACCUGGCUUCUCUUCAAAGCCACAACCGCGCGACACUUUGCGGCCAGGGGAAGGAGAGGAGUCUCGAGCUUCAGAGCACCGACAACCGCCGCCACUCAGCCCAACCCAAGCGGCUGCCACUUCGGCACUCCAAGGCGGAGAAGGCCCCGAACUGUCAACACCGGGCGGUCUUGGAACUGAGCACAGGCUCUCAAAAGUAGCAUCCGCUUUGGAGGACGCCACGGCUGCCUUCACCGGAGUUUAG